AUGGGUUUAACAAACCGCAUGUUAUCAUGGAAUGAACAAGACAAAUCCAUGCUUCAAACUGUUCUUGGUCCUCCAGCUUUUUAUUUUGUCAUAACUAAUUGUUUAUCCAAUGAAAAUGUCUUAAUCGCUAUUGGUGGUAGUGCUGCAACUGGUGCUGAUUCUCUUCAAAACAAACUCUCUGAUCUUGUUGAAAACUCAUCAACUUUCAAUUGGAACUACGCUAUUUUCUGGCAACUUUCUCAAUCAAAAUCUGGUGAUUACAUUCUUGGUUGGGGCGAUGGAUGUUGCAGAGAUCCACACGAAGAAGAACAACCAGAGACCUUUCAAAGAUAUGAAGAAAAAAAGGUUGAGCAGAAUAUGGGAAACAAGGUUUUACAGAAGCCACAUAAAGCUUUUGGUGGUUCUGAUGAAGACAAUUACAUAAUCAAAACACUUACCGGGUCCACCAUACCUUGA